AUGAUAAGACAUUUAAUACAAAGUAAUUUCUCAAAACUUUCGAAAGGUCUUAUUUUCGAAAAUAAAAAAGGGAGCAAAUUAAUUUUCACCGAAAAAACACCUGAGAAUGGCAUGAAGAAAAUAGCAAAAAAUAAGGAUUAGAAUUUAAAAAUAGAAUAAAGAUUAAUGCUCUUAUUUGAUUAAUAUAAAACGGAGAGAGUAUUGAAUCAAGCAAAUUAUGAUGAUUUCCUUAAAUUAAAAGAAGAAUUUCUUAAGACUGAUUUAGAAAAAAAAAAUAUUUUUCUCCUUUAAAAUCACCCUAAAUAUUUUUAUUUGCAGUGCCAAAUGAUUAAUGAAUACUUGGAUCGCUUUGAUAAAGAAAUAACAGAAAAGGAGAUUUAUGCACUAUUAAAUGCUAUAUAAAAUGGCUUAUUUUUUGUAGAGGACUAGUUUUUUGUAAAGAUAAAGAAAGUAAUUUUCACACCAGAGGAGGAAUAAUUUAUUUUAGACGUCUAUCAUAAAUUAUGCGGCAGAUUAAUCAUAAAUUUGUCCAAUUUUAAAUAAGUUAGAGCUCUUUGCUAAUUAAUGAAAUAUAUCAAAAGAUAUAGCACUUCUAUAUUAGACUAGAUAAAUUAACAAUUAUUAGCUUCCUUAGAUUAAUAAAUAAGUUUAGAAUAGAAAUUAUAUUACACUUUGUUUUUAGUAAAGGCAGGGAUUAAUUAUUUUCCAUCACUAAUUUAUUAAUUAAGAGACGAGGUUCUAGAAAAUGAGAAAAUUUUAAGAUUACCAAGUGAAUCUUUAUUUGAAUUAUUUGAAAUUUUUGGCAGAUGUAGCAGAGUAACUCUAUGUUCAUCUGCAACCUAUAAAUUAUUUACAACAAUCAUCUAAACAGAUAACUAUUCAUAACUGAUUCUAACAUAAUAAGUUCUCUUGCUUUAUUAUGCAUCGAAAACUUUGACCAUCUAACAUAGUACAUUAAAACCUCUAAUUGAACAAAAAUUAACUGAGUUAGAUUUGCUAAAAGGAAUAAAUCUAAAAAUAUUUCUGUUGACUUUAUAUAAUACUAAUUAUAAAAGUCUAGGUUCCCUAAAAAAUUUAGAAAAACUAAAAAUAAGAUUCUAAGAGAUAGAAUAAACUGCUCGCUUUUCAAAGGAAGAAUUAAAAUAUUUUAAUGAUUUAAUGCAUUGUUUAUGA